GUCUUCUCAGUCCAAUCAUAGUCUGCUCCCAGAUCUCAUUAAAUCACUUGAGUCAUUGGCAUGAUGUUUGGAAUGGAGCAGGGAGGAGUUCUCAACACCUCUUCAUGAUACUUUCAUGCUGAAUUCAACUUCCUUUUUCAAAAAUGUCUCCAAAAAUGUUUUAAAGGUGACUCCGGGAAGCAAAGCUGCAAUAGCCAGUUUAUGCAUAGGAGACGUCAUCAUGGCAAUUGAUGGAGUGAACACAGACAAUAUGACACACUUAGAAGCACAGAACAAAAUUAAGGCCUGCAUAGAUGAGAUAAAUCUGACAGUUGGAAGAAGUGAAUCCAAAAUCUGGUCACCUCUUGUGACAGAGGAGGGAAAAACCAAUCCAUAUAAAAUGAAUCUGGCCUCUCAGCCCCAGGAAAUAAGGCACAUAGGAAGUGCGCACAAUCGGAGUGCUAUGCCAUUCACUGCUGCCACAGCUUCAGGCACUGCACCCAAAGUGAUCACUGCUCAGUACAACAAUCCAGCAUGCCUGUACUCCUCAGAAAACAUCCAGACCUUCAACAAUGCUGUGGAGUCUAAGUCAGCGGGGGGUGUACAGGACCCCAGUAAAACCCGUUUAUCACCUACGGUUGCACUGAAGGCUCCCUUCGCAUCAGUCUAUAACCCUCUACAGCUGCAGGCCUCUGCAUCUCCAUUGCAGCGGAGGCACAGCACCUCCUCCAUCCCAAGCCAAGUUCGAGUGGGGCCUGAACGGCUGAAGGAAGCCGCCCAAAUCUGCCCCAACAGCCCUGUGGAAGUGGAGGUGCCAGGACUCAAAGUGCUGCAUGUGCAGUUUAAUUCUCCCCUGCAGCUAUAUUCACAGAAAAACAUCCUGGAUACUUUACAAGGGCAGAUCUCUUCCAUUAGCCCGACUUUUCUCAGCUUAGAGCAACCUCAUCAGCCAUCAAGUAACAUUGUCAUAGACAAGGAGUCAGAGGUGUACAAGAUGCUGCAGGAGAACCAAGAGGCAAAUGAGCCACCCAGACAAUCUGCUUCCUUCCUGGUAUUGCAAGAAAUUUUGGAAUCUGAAGAGACAGGAGACGCAAGUAAACCUUCUGGCUUUAGAAGCGUGAAACCCCCCACAACCAAAGUGGCCUCCUCCAUUGGGAAUGCCCAGAAGUUGCCCGUAUGUGACAAGUGUGGAUCUGGCAUUGUGGGCGUGUUUGUGAAGCUCCGGGACAAGCACCGUCACCCGGAGUGCUACGUGUGCAGCGACUGUGGGACAAACCUCAAGCACAAAGGACACUUCUUUGUGGAAGAUUGCAUCUACUGCGAGAAGCAUGCCCGGGAGCGGGUGACUCCCCCUGAGGGCUAUGAAGUGGUCACCGUCUUCCCAAAGUGAAUGACUGCAUCAACAACACAUUUUUUCCCCUCUCCACAGCUGUUUCUCAAAAAACAACCCCCCUACUCCUUUCUGAAUUCUCUUUGCAAUAAGGAAUAUUAGGCAUGGCUUUUUAUUUUGCUGCCACAUUAAUCCUUCAUCUGUUAGCAAUAGCUGCCACUAAUUGUUCCACAUUUACUUUCUUUUUUUUAGAAGAAGAAAAAGCUGAGGAACUCAUUGGGAUCCUUUUUUUUACUAUCCGAUCCUUCUCCUUUCACUGUCCAUUACAAACAGAAAUUGGGAGCCAAAGCCAAAUCACAGAUGUGCUGUGUCUCAGUUCUUUGCCUUCUGUUCACAUUCAAUAAAUGGGGUGAAUCCA